CAAAAGCCCCUCAUCAAACUUUAUGAAACCAACAAGUCUCUUCUCAUUCCUUUGUUGUUUUCCUCUUCUCUACCUUUACUCCUUCCAUUCUAAUUUAUUCACUCCUAAAACCUCUUUAGGAGCAGAAGGCCAAUGGCUAUGGAGAUGACGGAGAAGAAGAGGAAUCAGCAGGCCCUACAUUUCUCCAGAUAUCUCAAAUUUCUGCUUCUAUCUGCCUCCCUAUUUCUCUUCCCCGCCGUCGCCGCCGCCGAGCGCGAUUUCGACUACGCCGACGCGCUGUCCAAGUCCCUCCUCUACUUCGAGGCGCAGAGGUCCGGCCGGAUUCCGUACAACCAGAGAGUGACGUGGCGCCACCAUUCCGGCCUCGCCGACGGCCUGGAGCAGAAGGUGGACCUGGUCGGCGGUUACUACGAUGCCGGAGACCACGUGAAAUUCGGUUUGCCGAUGGCGUUCACGGUGACAUUGCUGGCGUGGGGAGCGAUCGAGUAUGGCGCGGAGAUUGCGGGUGCAGGGGAGUGGGAGCACGCUCUUGAGGCCAUCAAAUGGGGAACUGAUUACUUCAUUAAAGCUCAUACUAGUCCAAAUGUGUUAUGGGCGGAGGUGGGUGACGGAGACACUGAUCAUUACUGCUGGCAGCGGGCGGAGGACAUGACGACAUCCCGGCGAGCUUUCAAGAUCGAUGAGAAUAAUCCGGGGUCGGAUCUCGCUGGAGAAACAGCUGCCGCCAUGGCGGCCGCCUCCAUCGUGUUCCGCGGAAGCAACCCACAUUAUUCUCACCUGUUAUUGCAUCAUGCGCAGCAGCUGUUCGAAUUUGGGGACAAGUAUAGGGGGGCGUAUGACAGCAGCGUGGGAGUGGCGAAAAGCUACUACGCUUCAUUUAGCGGGUACAAGGACGAGUUACUGUGGGCCGCACUUUGGCUGUUCCGAGCCACCGACGACCGCCGCUACCUCCACUACGCAAUGGACAACGCCCAUUCUUUUGGGGGCAUCACUUGGGCCAUCUCAGAGUUCACUUGGGAUGUCAAAUAUGCUGGCCUUCAAAUCCUUGCUUCCCAGCUACUCCAGGAGGAAAGGCACAGGAAGCACCACGGCCCCAUCCUAGAACAGUACCGUUCCAAAGCCGAACAUUACAUAUGUUCAUGCCUCAACAAAAACAUCGCCGGCAGCAACAUCAGACGCACUCCGGCCGGCCUCAUAUUCGUCCGUCAAUGGAACAACAUGCAGCACGUGUCGGUGGCCGCCUUUCUUCUCACAUUACACUCCGACUUCCUCAAGAACUCCGGCCAGAACCUGAGUUGUCCCGCCGGAACAGCCGUUGGCCACGAGGAGCUCCUCCGGUUCGCCAGAUCACAAGUUGACUACAUAUUGGGCUCGAAUCCGAGGAACAUGAGCUACCUGGUGGGCUUCGGCCCAAACUAUCCCAAGAGAGUUCACCACAGGGGGUCAUCCAUCGUAUCUUUCAAGGAGGACCAGAGGUUCAUAGGGUGUACCCAGGGGUACGAUGAUUGGUACGGCCGGGAUGCGCCCAACCCUAACGUUGUGCAUGGGGCGUUGGUCGGGGGACCGGAUCAGAAUGACGAGUUUGAUGAUGAAAGACACAACUAUAUGCAGACGGAGGCGUGUACAUACAACACCGCGCCGCUCGUCGCCGUUUUUGCUAAAUUUAAUUGCUUGAAUAAUAGUUGUAAUAACCGAACCUCAACUGCCUCAUUUUGAAAUACAGCAGGCACCAUAAUUUACCCAAAAUACCUACCUAUAGUUCUAUAAAUAUAUUCGUCAUUUUCAAUCGUAUACCUGUUAUUUCGUCACAUACCAAAAAGGUGGAAUCGCC